AUGGCCGACACUCCUUCCGACCUAAUGUCUGGGGGAAAUCACGGGUCACAUGAGAACCAGGAGCUUUCAGCUGGUGAGCUUCGAAAUCUAGCUCGCAUUCUAAGCCAACUCUCGAGUUUGCAGCCACAGAGCGCGAAAUCGAGUACCAAUCUGCUUGCGGAUCCAGCAAGUGUUUACUUCCUACAUCCAGGUGAGAAUCCUGGAGUUUCUAUUGUCCCAAUUGUGCUGAAUGCUAAGAACUACAAUUCCUGGUCAAGAGCUAUGAAAUUAGCGCUGAAAUCAAAGAAUAAGAUAGGCUUUGUUGAUGGAACCAUUGUGAAACCAGAUAAAAAUGAUCCUGCAUAUAUAGCAUGGGAUAAAUGUAAUACUUAUGUUGUUUCUUGGUUAAAUCUAUCAUUGAGUGCUGAGAUUGCACAUAGUGUUGUUUGGAAUGAAACUGCUGUAGAUUUGUGGCUUGAUUUGAAGCAUAGGUAUUAUCAUGGAGACAGAUACAGGGUUGCUGAAUUAGAAGAAGAGUUGUAUGCUAUGAAACAAGGGAAUCUAAGCAUAACAAAUUAUUUUACCAAGUUUAAGGCUAUUUGGGAAGACAUUGACAGUUUCAAACCAGUUCCACAAUGCAAGGAAUGCUAUGAAAAAUGUGACUGUGGCUUAGGAACCAUGAGAGAUUAUCGAGAUGAAACUUAUGCAGUGAGAUUUUUAAGAGGAUUGAAUGAACAGUAUGGGACUGUGAGAUCCCAAAUCAUGCUGAUGAAGCCUCUUCCAGACAUCAAUGAAAUUUUUUCUUUACUUAUUCAGCAAGAGAGACAGUUUAAUGGAUCAGAUUUGGAGACUCAGAACUUUACAGCUUUGGCCAAUUCAAUUCAUAAUUUCAACAAUAAUUCAAGCAGUGUUUCUAGAGGAAGAGGACGAGGAACCCGUGGAGGUAGAGGUGGAAGAGGAGGAAGAAAUUCAGCACCUAAGAUCUGUUCUUAUUAUCACAAGGCAGGGCAUCUUGUGGAUACUUGUUACCACAAACAUGGAUUUUCACCUCAUCUACAGAGGCAGAAAUGGCCACGAGAGACUAGCAACGGAGCUAUGGCUAAUCAUGUUGUUGCUGGAAUUGAAGAGAGCAGUACCAACAAUAUCAAGCAGGACAAGGAAGCUGAUGGUCAAUCCCAAUUCAAUCAGAGUUUGAGAGAUGCACUGAUUACCUUUCUUCGGCAGGAGUGUGCAUAG